AUUUUACCUUCAUAUAAAAAAGCCCACCAACUCCCUCCACCGUUUGCCGCCUCUCCGCACUCCCACAGACACACAGCAGAGAGUCGCAGCCACCACAAAUGAUGUUGAAGCUCUGGAAAUGGUACCAGAACUGCCUCUCCUUCCAUCCACUCAAAACCCAGGUCAUCAGCUCCGGCGUCCUCUGGGGCGUCGGCGACGUUGCCGCCCAGUACGUCACUCACUCCAACGCAAGAAAGCGCCUUCAACUUUCUGAUAGAGACGCAGACUUCAAAGUUAACUGGAAACGCGUAGCCAUCACAAGCACAUUUGGGUUUGCCUUUGUUGGACCAGUUGGGCAUUUCUGGUACGAAGGCCUGGACAAGUUUAUAAAGCUGAAGCUUCACCUACAACCUAGGUCAGCGCGGUUUGUUGCUGCUAAAGUGGCAAUGGAUGGCCUUAUCUUUGGCCCCUUGGAUUUGUUGGUGUUUUUCACUUACAUGGGAUUUUCCACGGGCAAGAAUUCUGUUCAAGUGAAGGAAGAUUUGAAGAGAGAUUUCCUACCAGCCCUUGCUUUGGAGGGUGGUGUGUGGCCAAUUGUUCAGAUUGCGAAUUUCCGAUAUGUUCCUGUGAGGUACCAACUCCUCUAUGUAAACAUGUUCUGCCUGUUAGACAGCGCCUUUUUGUCAUGGGUCGAGCAGCAAAAGGAUGCUGCUUGGAAGCAGUGGUUCACAUCUUUUACUUCGUUUAAGGAACGAGGAGGUCAGGGAAAAUUAUGAUGUCCACCAAUUUUCUAUUCUUUACCUUCACUUCUUUGGUUUAGAGUAGUGCAAGAUGGAGAAAAGUAUGUGCUUAAGACAGAAAGCAUCAUGACCCUCCUGAGACCAUCAACCGCUGGUUUUCGACGUUGGGGUUGUGGGAGUGUGAUGUAAUUGUUUUCAAGUUGUAUGUGUUCAAUAACAGUUUUACAAUGAAAUGAAAAACACAGUUUAACUUCCUCAA